AGCGGUAACAGGGGAUUACUCGCUUUAAUGCUUCUUGCACUCUGUAUGUGCUGUCUGAGGGAAAUCAGAUAAGUUCCCCAGUGUCCCACCUGAUUGUCCCCUCUAUGGCUGAUAGCGUCCCCUUGGUGAGUCUUCAGGAGGACCAGCAGUGACAGACUGGAGCCCUGCACACUUUGUGUUGAGUUUGAAUGCUGGAAGAAACUUUGGGGUCCUGUAUAUGGAAAUUGUGGGGUGCAGAGCAGAGGAAAGUGCCUAUCCCUUCCGGCCAGCAGCCAUGCUCUUCCAUGGACUUACUGGGGGACAUAUUCAGGGCAUUAUGGAGGAAAUGGAAAGAAGGUCCAAGUCAGCGGACAGUCGGCUGGUUAAGGGGAUCCAGGUCAAUGGCAGAGACACACGCAUGCCCCCACUGAGUCCAGAGAAGCCGGCUCUUUGUGCAGGUUGUGGUGGAAGAGUCUCAGAUCUGUACUACCUGCUGGCAGUAGAUAAGCAGUGGCACCUACGCUGUCUAAAGUGCUGUGAAUGUAAACUGGCGCUGGAAUCUGAGCUCACCUGCUUCAGCAAAGAUGGGAGCAUCUACUGUAAGGAGGACUACUACAGAAGGUUUUCAGUCCAGAGGUGUGCCCGUUGCCACCUAGGUAUUCUUGCCUCGGAGAUGGUCAUGAGAGCGAGGGAGUCUUCCUACCACCUGAGUUGCUUCACUUGCACCACCUGUAACAAGACCUUAAGUACAGGAGACCACUUUGGCAUGAAGGACCUGGUGUACUGUAGAGCUCACUUUGAGCUACUGGUUCAAGGGGACUUUCAUCCACAACUCAGCUACACUGAGCUCUCAGCUCAGGGUGGUGGGCUGGCCGCUUUACCCUACUUCACUAAUGGGACAGGCACUGUACAAAAGGGAAGGCCAAGGAAGCGGAAAAGCCCAGCUUUAGGAGUGGACAUCAUCAAUUACAAAUCAGGGUGCAAUGAAAAUGAUGCCGAUCUGGACAGGGACCAGUCUUAUCCUCCUUCACAAAAGACCAAGAUGCGAACGUCCUUCAAGCAUCACCAGCUCCGCACUAUGAAAUCCUACUUUGCUAUAAACCACAAUCCAGAUGCAAAAGAUCUCAAGCAACUGGCCCAGAAAACAGGAUUAACUAAAAGAGUUUUGCAGGUUUGGUUUCAAAACGCAAGAGCGAAAUUCAGAAGGAAUCUUUUGCGACAGGAGAAUGGGGGAGGAGAUAAAGUGGACGGUUCCUCUCUCAGUGCUCCGGCAUCUACGGACAGUGCUGCUCUUACACCAACUGGUGCCACGCCCACAUUAUCAGACCUCACCAGCCCCUCACUAAAUGUUGGGGCAUCCGUAACCCCAAACAUGGACACCCGUGAAUCUGGGAGCCCUUCACAAACAACCCUGACAAACCUUUUCUAACAAGUCCGGCAGCUCUACCCAUGCUGGUCCAUAAGAAUUACUCACAAACUUUGCAUUAUUACUAUUAUUAUUUUUUACAUUUCUGUUCAUCAAUAA